CCCUCGAGUUUGGUGACUGUUCCAAAAUCUUCAGAUUGGUGGCCGCAACAUUGAUUUGUGUCACCUAAAAGAUAAUACAGGCGGAACACUUUUUACGUUGCACCAAUGUUCCUUUACGGACGUUGUUUGGGGUGACGCCCGUGUUACAACUUCACCUAAAAAGAAAAAACACCUUCAUUCGUAAAUACUGGAACUCGAUGAAACCUCAACCCUGACGCAUGUGGAGACAUGGCAGCAGAGACCCCAGGAGUUGUUGGCUGCAUCCAAGAUGACAGUUCUUCCACUGUGCCAGAGGUCAGCUCGCCACUUGAACAACCCGCCCAAUCAAAAACAAAGAAAAAAAAGAAAUCUGCAAAGCAAAAAGCAACCCAGGCGCCCAGGGAAACAAGUGAAAACGAAGGGAGUCAAGCGGGCGAGAAGACAGAGCUGAGUGCAGAAGAGCAAUUUAAAAGGCAAUUGGACUGGUGUAUUGAGCAGCUGGAGCUGGGAUUGAAGUCGCAGAAGGCCACUCCAAAGCAGAGAGAGGACACGUCUCAUGCACUCAAAACACUCCACAGCUCCAAAGCUCCUCUGGUUAAGAAGCGACAGGUGAUGCGGGCCAUGGCGGGAGACUACAGAAAGAAAAUGGAAGAAGAGAAGAGCAAACAGUUCAAACUCAUCCAGAAUGAAGUUACAUCUGCUCAGAUCAAAGUAAAGUCAGAGUCACCUAAAAAAUCGUUUUUCCAUCGGAGAGCUCAAGCCAAAGGGGAGAACCGGACGCCAACUGGAGCUCACAAUGCAAAUCCGCAGACUCGUCCAGAAACGUCUGCAUUUCCAUGCGCUGCAUCAAACGAGGAGUUUCGCUUCAACUUUUUGUAAUUUUGGAUUGGUGACAAAAUGUUGGACUAAUAAGUUAAAAAAAAUAAACAUUUGUAUGUA